GUCGAGUUGCGUGAACUUCGGUUGCAGCGCAAUCUGCUGAAACACAUUCGCAAGGGCGUCUUCUACUCGUUGCCCAAUUUACAGGAGAUUGACCUGCAGAUGAACGAGAUCGAGUCGAUUGAGAGUUUGGAAAGUUUGGCCAGCCUGCAGCACAUUAAUCUGCAGGGCAACCGACUGGCCACUUUCAGCGGAAACGUUCUCAGCAGCUUUCCCUCCAGUCUUCGAUAUCUUCAGCUGAGUCACAAUCGCCUGGAGACGCUGCAGAAUGACACCUUUCGCGGACAAACUGACCUCGAGGUGAUCUGGCUGAAUCACAACCGCCUAAAGCGCAUCAGCGUGAACAUCUUCACUGACCAAAUAAACCUGGAGAAGCUGCACCUGGAUAACAAUGAGAUCACCGCCAUUGAGGAGAACGCCUUUGCCUCACUGCGCAAUCUAGUGUACCUCAAUCUGGAGCACAACCAACUGAACCACCUGAACAGUGACAUCUUCAGAGGCCUGGAGAUGCUCACUGAACUGCGCCUGGGAAGCUCGGAGAUAAUCGGCAUUGAGCCAAAUGUAAUGGCCAAUCUCAGCUCCCUGCUCACAGUCCACCUUUCCAACAAUCAGAUCUACACCAUUCGACGGAACAUGUUUGAGGGCGCCCACCGCCUGGAGCAACUUCACCUCGCCAAUGUUAUGGCUGACGAGGUGGAGGCGGACUCAUUUGAGCGUCUGAGCAGCCUGCAGUUGCUGGACAUUAGCGGGAACAGCAUCAACGCCCGACGGAUGAACAGCAUCCGCCUGCCUGCCUCCCUCCGUGAGCUGAACAUCUCUCACAACAACCUCUCCAAUGAGAAGGGCAUCGAGCUGGGGGCAGAGUUCAUCCAACAGGUGAACACCUCUCUGCAAGUGCUCGAUCUCUCCAGUACCCACUUUCGCCUGGUCAACACGGCGUCCUUUUUUGCGCCGCUGAGGCAGUUGCGACAGCUCUAUCUAGAUGCGAAUGAGCUCCCCACGGUGGAGGCGACCUCUUUUCCCGAGCGAAUGACCGCCCUAGAGAUGAUCUCACUAAGUCACAAUCGAUUCGACGCUCUGCCCAACCACUCGCUGAUUGCCAGGUUUGCCCCCAACCUGCAGACACUCUCACUGGCGCACAAUCAGAUCAAGCAGAUACGCGCCAGAGGACUGGCCAAUCUGACCGCUCUCCACCGGCUGGAUCUCUCCUUCAAUCGAAUCAGCGUCAUUGAGUCGCACGCCUUCUCCGGACUGCUCCAGCUGACCAGUCUCGACCUGACGGGCAAUGUGCUUCGCUCUCUGGCGGCCGAUGUCUUCAUCGAGCUGGAACGGGUGCAGCACAUCUCACUGGCCAGCAAUUGGUUGCAGUUUGUGCCAAACAAUCUGCUGAAGGUGACCACCACCUCGGUGGCCUUUGCCAGCUCUCUGCAGACGCUCGACCUGGACCACAAUCCGAUGAUUCGCCUGCGGGAGGACCUCAGCGCCGAGGGCAACUUUGCCAGUCUGCAGACGCUGCACGCCCAGCACGGCAACAUUACCAUUGUCGCGUCGCAUGACUUUGUCGGUUUCUCCUCACUUGUGCGCUUGUACCUGGAGGAUAACCAAAUUCAGACGAUCUCGCCGUCUGCUUUCAGGCCACUGGACAGGUUAGUGGAGCUUGACCUGUCGCGAAACAAACUGGACAACCUACCCGAAGAAAGAUUGGGUGGCCUGCGUCGCCUUGAGGUACUUAACCUCUCCAGCAAUUCGCUCACUGAGCUGCCACACUUUGCGCCUGAUCUAGGCAAUCUGCGCACCAUUGACAUAUCCUUCAAUAAGAUAGCACGCAUCGAGUCAUUUGGCCACCUCUCAGGCAGCGUCUCGGAGAUUUCACUUCGCCACAACAUCAUCAGUUGGAUUGCCAACAAUGCCUUCCAAAAUAUGAGCUCACUCGCCAGACUUGAUCUCAGGCAGAACUUUUUGACGCAAAUUGGUGAGGCCAUUUUUGAAUCGAUUGAGGUCCGACUGCAGAGCAUUCAACUGGCAGGCAAUCCACUGCACUGCGACUGCCGCCUGCUGUCCAUCUACGAGUGGCUGGAGGAGCACUCUCGAGUGGUGAAGCUCUCCGAAGAGGAGGAGAUGGUCUGUGAUCAACCGGAGAAGCUGAAGCACCAGUCAAUUCAGAGUUUGCAACCGAUUGACUUCUGUCCCAUACCGAUGAUCACCUCAUUCGACGUGAUCAAAGUGGAGCCCAGCUCGGUGCGCCUCGGCUGGCAGGUGCAAAAUGAGACACUGGUGGGCGGCNUCAUUUGA